CCCGGGCUCUGUCGCAUUUGCCCCCCCCUCUGUCCUCCCUCGGUUCGGCUGCCCCAUUCCCGCUCUCCUGCUCACGCUUCCCUGGCCCUCUUCCGAUCUGGGUCUUUUUAUCGAUCUGGCCAUUUCUUGUGCAUCGCUCUCCGUUCUCCGUUCUCCGCUCUCCGUUGCCGGAUCGUCCCCGGGCUUCCAAUUCACAGCCCUUUCUGUCCAUCUCCUCGUGGGACUGCAUCCGUCCCUUCUUGCAAGCCUUCUCCACUGCUUCUGAAUCUACGGUCGCAUCUGAUCGUCCACAAUGGAGGACGAAGCGAGGCGUGGUGAUUCUCAGUCCGGAAGUUCCAAGCGCAAGCGCAUCACCCAAGCUUGUGACGGCUGCAACAAAAAGAAAAUCAAAUGCGACGGUGCCAAGCCCAUUUGCUCCAAUUGCAGUCGCUCCAAUGUCGAAUGCACUUACUCUCGUGGCGCAAAGCGCAGAGGCCCCCGUGCCGGCAACAUCGAGUCUCUCGAGAACCAGCUCAAGGCCCUUGAAUCCCAGCUCAAGCUGUGGCAAAAGACCGACGGCGCCCGCAACCUAGCUGAUCCUUCGUCGUCCUCCAACCCCAACAGCGACCUGGCCUCCAGCCGUGCCGAUGGCCACGGCGCCAAACGUAUCAAAACCGCCUCGGGUCGCCUCGACGACGGCCAAAACGACUCCUAUUCGGACAGCGACUCGAACAGCGACAGCGGCAGCGUCACCCUGCAGGACGGCCUCUCGCGGGUUGUGCCCAAUCCGCCGCGCGGUUUUGCCGGCCAGCAGGUCGACCUGCCUUCGGACCUGGCCCAGGAGCUCGUCGGCCUGUACUUUACCCACGUCCAUCCGUUCAUCCCCAUUCUGCACCAGCCCACCUUUCGUCUCGAAGAAACCAACCUGCUCCUGCGCAACUCGAUCUUUGCUCUCGCUGCCCGCUACUCGACCCACAAUGCCAUCAAGAACAAGCCCGGCCUGCCUGGCGAGGCGUUCUACAACCACGCCAAGGCCCUGGUGGACCGGUUCCUCGACGACCCGCAAGUCGAUGCCGUCACGGCUUUCCUGCUCAUGUCGUAUUACGGCGCCGGCUCCGCUAAAGGCUCCGGUGCCUGGAUGUACUCGGGCAUUGCCAUUCGCAUGGCCCAGGAGCUCAAACUCUACUCUGAUCAGCCCAACGACGAACACGGCAAGCCCUUGACUUGGCUCGACCGCGAAGUCCGCCGGCGUCUGUGGUGGUCCUGCUUCAUCUUUGAUCGCUACGCCGGCGCUGCCGUCAACCGGGGCAUGAUCAUCGUCCAUCAAGAUGCCUCGGUCUGCCCCUUCCCGUGCGCAGAAGACUGCUGGAAAUCUGUCCUUUGUCCCGGAGACAAGCCCAACUCGGUCCUGGAGGCGAGCGCCCUCAACUACUCAAUGUACUUUAUUCGCUUGGUAACCUUGUUUGGCCGCAUCGUCAACUACACCAACUCGCGCAAAGAGAGCAACACUGCCAACAGCGAUCACUUCAACGCCAUGACGCUGCUGUCGAUGCGAGAAUACGAUGUCUCGAGCGCUCCCUCCACCGACGACUCAGUGCCAAACCUCGAGAAGGAGCUGCGGCAGUGGUUUUCCCAGCUGCCGACCCCCAUCGCCUCGUUCGCCACCCAAGACGCCGCAACCUUCAACACCAUGUGCAAGCAGUCGUCCGAGCACUGGACGGCGGCCUACAUGAACAUUCUGUUCCACGUGUGCCUGCUCAUCCUGCAUCGCCCGCCCAAGCUCAACGACUUUGACAAGCUAUGGGACCCCAGCCACUUUGAAAUGUCGCUCUCGUCCCUGCGCGAGGUCACCGCUGCCAUCUUGAAGGUCGCCCACGUCAACCCCACAUUUGCAUCGUUCCCGCCCCAUGUUGCCUACUGCAUCUUCCAUGGCGCCCUCGUCAAUCUCAUGGCCGAUCGCCUCACCUUCAGCUCAGCCGUGCCCUUCCGCGAGGGCCUCAACAACUUUUCAGCCCUCGUCGGCGUUCUGCGGGACCUCGCCAAGAUCUGGCCCAUGAUCGACAAGAUGCUUCCGGUGCUCACAAGCCUGCAGUCCAGCAUCCAAAACCAGCGCAAUAUGACUUGGGAGGGCCUCCGCCAGGAGAUGGUCUCUGCAGGCAUUAUGGGCGAUUUCCAGGCCUGGGAUAUUGACAUUGUCAUGCCUGGCAACUCGACCAUCAGCCUAAACUUCCAGCCCAAGAGCUCGUUGGGCUUUGGCUCCUCUGGCCCGGUCCAGCGAGGCUUUGCAAGCAUGGUCGCGCCCACGGCACUUGCAGGAGAUUUGCCCAUGGUGCCGUUCAGCUCGACCCUGGCCGCCCCAGGCUGGUCGUCCGAGAGUGCGCUCCCCGCCUUCAGCAGCACCUUCAUUACCAAGACAGACAUCCGCACACCGCCCUUUGCUGAUCUCGCCGGCCCCACCGCUUCUGGCUCUGGGGCGUCGCAGGGCACGGGCUACUCCACCUCCCCUGGUGACUUUGGAGCCCUCUACCGUCCAAGUUCCUCUCAUCCGGCUUCAGGAACACCGCCAUCAAACGGCUAUCCACUCCCACUCUCUGCUUCCUUGGCCGCUGCCCAGCCUCCCCUGGUCUCGCCGGGUCUUGACUUCAGCUCGGGCAGACCCCUGCCUUCGCCCUCAAGCCUGGUUGUGAACGGUGCAUCUGGCGAUGGCUUGCAAGCCUGGAAACCCGAUCUUCUGGCGUCAAGCCGAAACAAGCUGCCUGUCGAUCAUGUCGAUCCGACACGCAGGGAUGGACCGUAUGGAUACCGUCCAGGCGACUCGACGGGAUACGACUCGUACAAGGAUGCUGGUUCCUAUGGCGCUCCAGGCGGCAACGGUGGCAGCGGUAAUGGCAAUGGCAAUGGCAAUGGCAAUGGCAAUGGCAGCAGCGGCGGUACGCUCCGACCCGGCCCCAACGGCACCUCGACAUACUCGGGAGGUCUGGGAUCCUAUACCAACGAAGCCAUGUCGCGACCCUACGGAUACACCUCGACGCCGCCGCUGUGGAACUCGACCGAGAAUCUGCCGUCCAUCAAUGGCUUUGGACCCGGCCCAAGCAGCCACAUGCUUGCGCCGGCUGCCCCGUCACAGUCGCCGGCCUUCCAGGGCCCAAUGGCCCCGAUGGCCCCGAUGGCCACGAACCAGCGCGAUGGCGGAAUGGCUUUCCCACAUCCAAGCGACAGCCGCUAUGAGCGCGGUGCAAAUGCUCCGAUCCGAUCCGCCGACGACUACCCAUCGCGGCUUCCGCCCGUUGGAAUGGCCCCAGACCUACGGCCGUUGUCUGGGUCUGGCGGCAGCACCGGUGGCAACGGAUCGUAUCUUGGAUCAGGUGCUGCGUCGCAGUACCAUCCAGCCGGCUCAUUCCACCGCUCUUCUCACCCGCCGCCGCCACUACCACAAUCAUCAUCAUCAGCGGCGGCCUUGGAUAUGCCAACCAUGGGCCCGUUGGGUUCGCAGCCACCAGGAUCAUUUCGCUGAUAGGCGGACUGGGGUCGACCCUCCAUUGCGCCGCCAUCAAAGCCAGCAUCUGUCUCUCUAAAAGCUUGGAAGGCGAUUUCUCUCCUUGUUCCCCCCCCCCUUCGCCUCCUCGCUCCAUCGCUCCCACAUCCCGGCUCCGCCCGCGGUGCGUGCAGUGGGUUGUUGAUAUGUGAAUACAGUGAACAUGAACAGCC